AUGGAAAUUGCUAUUGGACAGCUGCUCGGAAAACUUCAUCCAACACAGAUUGCUGUGCUUGCACAGUGUAUCGAGGCGCUUCUGGUUCUCGCUCUAUGUUCUGACGAUGAAUUGUUAUUACCCGAAAAGUAUGAUUUUUGUAUGCAUAUGAACGAUAUACGUUCUUGUCCACACGCAGCGCUAAAUUUGAUUGAUGGGAAAGGACGAAUUAAGAAUUGUGAAUCCGAAGAAAACCUAAAAUAUAAAUCGUUGCGUGUUAGCGUCGAGCAGCUGAGCCUCAUUGUUGCAGAGGAACGAUGUGCUUUUCAACUCGAACUACGACCAAUUCGUUUGGCAUAUUGCAACUGUCACUGUGUCUCAUUUUGUGCAGCCUUCCUUCUCAAGCUGCCCUUGAUUCAUCUCAAACAAUUUGCGUCGGUCCUCGACAGGGACUUGAAGAAGUGGUUUGAAUGCGGCUCAAUAGCUUUAAGCGAUAUAAAUUUUGACAUUCGUCUUCCAUACGAAAAAUCGAAUGCGCAUCUUUUCAUGGAAAGAAGAAGUUUCCUCCUGAAACAUGACAAAUCUACUAGAAGUGGACAUAUGCUAUUGCGCGAUCUCAGCAGGCCUAUCUUGUCAAAUAUUUUAACAUUUGAAGAAAAUGUACAGCCUGUGAUUGGUCAAAGCAUUAUUUAUGAAGGAAAAUGGAUGACCGCUACGAAAACUCCGGAGGUGCAUUCUGUUUUAACCGUAGAAGAAGCGGAAGGGAACGCGGGUUCAUUGAAUGAGAGGCGACGCUCCUCCUCAUCAAAUGAAUCGUUUCAUUCUGCUUUCUCGUCGACCAACGUGAAUUUGUAUCACCAUAUGGUCUGCCCCAUUCUUUCCUCAUCCAUACUGCAUGAAAGUUAUGCAUCUUUCUUGAGCAUCUAUGAGAGGAAUCGACAGGUUUAUGAUGUUGCUGUGGGCGAUGAUCAUCCAAAAUCGAUGGAGUGCUGUUUCUUCCAAAAGACUUCUUCGGGUAUCAAUGAUUUGAUUUUGGAACAUGAAGCACUGGAACUGACCCAGCGAAUCAUAGAGCAGGCUGCAGCUGCUUUCUUCUGUAUUCAUCCGGCUUUCAUUGUCCAGCAUCUUUAUGCAAUGUGUUCCUUGCGACAUCAUUCGCAGCCACUCACCGAACCACCAAACAACAAAUCAGGCAGUGAGGAGGAUCGUACAAGUUUGCGUGGUAUUAUCAAUUUUCCAGAUAUAAAUGUCACAUUCUUCCAGUGUGGUCUGAUUGAAAAAACCAUACAGUCCGCAUCGUUGGAGGAUUCCGUGUCCCACUUAGCACGUAGCAGCGUGAUUUUACUUCAUUUCGAAAAAAGUGACCUGUUAUUCUCAAGACAAGCAGUGACUAAGAAUAAAAAUUUGCCGGACAUGGAAUUCACACUGCAAGGCCAUGCACAGUUCCUGCAAUUGGUUGAGUCAUGGAAACUGGAUUUUGCAUAUAACAAGUCAUUUUGUCCAAAUUACACAACGAACUGGAAUGAACUGAAUUUAAGCGAUCGUCUUACUGGAUACGAUCUGCGAGUUGUCGCAGGUUUACUGUUAAAGCUUGUUUAG